AAGCGGAGCAGAAAAGAUAAAAUGUCGUUUCAGAAAUUCUCAUCAAAAUUACUCCAAAAUUCAAUGAUAACGGGCAUUCCGAAGAUUGUGUCUGCAAACAGCCUUCAUGUGAAAGUAUUGCGCACUUUGUUUUUCUUUGUUUGCAUAGUUGGAUUUGUUGUCCAGACUUGGCAGUUUAUGCAACUCUAUGGGCGAUAUGAAACUGUUGUGAAAGUUACAGUCAAGAACACUGAUGAGUUUGAGCUACCGUCUUUCACCGUAUGUAAUGAUUAUGGAUUUAACUCAUCAUCCAUUUGUGACGAUGCGAGAUUUAUUGAAAGAUGUCAUUUAUUGUCUGAAGUUAAGGAAUACCGGAAUUUAUGUGAAUGUUUUUCUCGAAGAUAUUGCAGAGAUGGUGAACUGACAGACAAUCGUGCUUAUCCUUCAAAGAACUGCUUUACACGUUCAAUGUUUAUCCCAAAAACCGAGUCUCCAAUUGUCAGUUCCUGUUUUACUUUCAAUUCCAUGAUUGGAAAGCCAGACAACAGCUCAGAAACUGCAUAUGGCGGAGCUAGUUUUGUCUUUUCUUUGGAUCUUGAUCCAAGAGGAUAUCCUCCAUUUAUCUAUCAAUCUAAAGCACAGAUAUCCUUCCACCAUUCUCGACAAAUAGUAGAUCCCUAUGAACAAGGAUUUUCAAUGGAGAUAGGAAAACAUUACUCGUUUCACUUGAAAAAAAUUGAGAAGAAUUUGCUUCCUUAUCCAUACGACACAAAUUGCAUUGAUUAUUUAGAAAAGUGGAAAGCAAGAGGAGGUUAUGGACCUACAAAUAAAAGGGAGUGCAUUCAGGAAUGCUAUAAAAACAUUACUAUGACUGCCCGUGGAGUGCAGCAGAACGAAAAAGGGCGAAACCGUAAGAAGACGAUUGCACCAGAAAAAGCGAAAGAAAUUUCUGAAUGUCAGAUCCAAAACUGUAGACCAGCGUGCUUGUAA